AUGAGCCCAUCUCUCAACAAUAUUGUGUCUUCUCUGCAGAGAAGUGGAACAUUGAUCAAUUCUUUGAUUGUGGCUUUGACAAUCAGUGGGCAACACCUCUGCUCCUCUUCCACAUUCACAUGUCCUUGUCAGGUAGGGAAAAAUUUCUAUUAUGGCUCCGCUUUUCUUGUAUUUCCUGCCCUGAUCCUUCUGAUUGCUGGAUUUGCUCUGAGAAGCCAAACGUGGACCUUAACCAGUGAAUACUGCUGCAACUGUGGCCCUCCAUGCCGAAGAAUCAGCCCUCUGGAGCAAAGGCUGGCUUGCCUUCAGUGCUUCAGCAUCACUGGGAGGGCGCUCGUGGCUCCAUUAACGUGGCUGGCGGUGACCUUGCUACGAGGAACCUAUUAUGAAUGUGCAGCGAGCGAGUUUGCAUCUGUCGACCAUUACCCAGAGUUCGACAAUGUCACUGCCAGCAAAAGAGAAGAGAUCCUAGCUGGAUUUCCAUGCUACAGUCCGGCUCCUUCCGAUGUGAGCCUAGCAAGAGAUGAAGUAGCUCUUCUGCACAGAUUCCAUUCACAGAUGCUGGGCUGGAUUUUGAUUACUUUGGCCACCAUUGCAUAUCUAGUCUCCCGCUGCGUGGCGAGACGCUGUUCUCCGCUCACUCCUCUGCAGCAUCACUACUGGACCAACCACCUCCAAAAUGAGAGAGAGCUCUUUGAACAAGCUGCAGAACAGCACUCCCGACUUGUCGUCCAGGAGCGCAUAAAAAAGCUAUUUGGUUUCAUUCCUGGGAGUGAAGAUGCCAAACACAUCCGUAUUCCUUCCUGUCAGGACUGGAGAGAUAUUGCAGUGCCGAGUCUUCUAUGCAUGGGCGAUAACUCACAAGGCCACCACUAUAGCUUCCUGGGAGACAAGGUAGUUGAAGAAAAUGAGGAAGACAAACCAGAAGGAAUUGAAUUAGAAAACGUGUCGUGUCCAAUGCAAGUUGCUUAA